GCUCCUCCGCGUCCUGAGGCUCCGAGCCAGCCGGAAGGCCUCCCUUCGCCUUUCCUCCUCCCUGGAGGCGCCGGUGGGGUGACCGGGGCUGUGGCCGAGAGGCGCGUCUCGGGGUGCAAGAUGACCAACGAAGAACUUCUUCCUAAAAAGGUCCGAUUGAGCAAAACAGACUUCAAAGUUAUGGCACGGGAUGAGUUGAUUCUAAAAUGGAAACAAUAUGAAGCAUAUGUUCAAGCUUUGGAGGGAAAGUACACAGACCUUAAUUCAAAUGAUGUGACUGGCUUAAGGGAAUCUGAAGAAAAACUAAGGCAGCAACAGCAGGAGUCUGCACUCAGAGAAAACAUUCUUGUCAUGCGAUUAGCAACCAAGGAACAGGAGAUUCAAGAGUGUACUACUCAAAUCCAGUACCUCAAGCAAGUCCAGCAGCCGAGUGUUGCCCAACUGCGAUCAACAAUGGUAGGCCCAGUGAUCAACUUGUUUUUCCUAAAAAUGAAAGGUGAACUGGAACAGACUAAGACAAGCUGGAACAAGCCCAAAAUGAACUGAGUGCCUGGAAGUUCACGCCUGAUAGGUAAACAAAUCAUACUCCCCAGUCAAGACUUCCCUGACAGUCCCAUCUAGAGAAAGCUGUGGUAGGACAGCCAAGUACUCGUUUCCACACCAAGACUCAGACUUUUUUUGAGCCAAAAAAGCCACAUUCUCAUACUGUCUAGCUUGUAAUGGUUAAUGUAAAACUUACCAGAUGGACCUUGUGUUUCAGCUUUUCUCUUCCCCUUCCCCUUGCUUCGGA